AUGCCAAACGAUAAGAAGUCAGUAACCAAUACGAUCCAAGAGUUACACAAGGUCCAACUCUCCCACCAGUGGGAUCCAAAUUUGCCACAGGAGAAGAUUGAUGCUAUCAACGAGGCAGUCAAGACAGAUGAUCAAGAGAGGGCCCUCGAGUUAGAAAAGACUCUCGCCCAUGAGUCCCAGUAUGAGUCUGUUCGUGCCGCGGUGCGCAACUCAGAUGGCGGAGAAGUUGCCAACACCGUGCGCGCGUGGGUGCUGGGCAUGUUCUUCACUACUCUUGGAAGUGGUCUCAAUAUGUUUCUGAGCAUGAGGAGCCCUGCCAUCUCGUUCCCUGCUAUUGUCGUUCAGUUGCUGGUCUAUCCGAUAGGUUGUUUGUGGGCCAAGACAAUGCCGACUCGGAAGUUCAAUACAUUUGGAGUGAAAUGGACGUUGAAUACUGGUCCGUUCACUAUCAAAGAGCAUGCGGUUAUCACAAUCAUGGCAAAUGUGUCGAUCGGCUAUGCUUAUUGUACAGAUGCCCUCUUGGCAUUGAAAGCGAAGCCACUAUAUAAUAUGGAACUUGGAUGGGGUUUCCAACUAUUAUUCGCUUUGAGCAGUCAGGUAAUUGGUAUGUCCCUGGCAGGCAUUUUCCGCCGUUUCCUCGUCUGGCCCGCUGCUAUGAUGUGGCCUAGUCAAUUUGCGAACACUUCCCUGUUUUAUGCUCUUCACGACUGGAGCUCCUCGGAUGAAUCAGAGACCCACGGAUGGAGCAUUUCACGCUACCGAUAUUUUCUAUAUGUGACAAUUGGGUCUUUUAUCUGGUAUUGGGUACCGGGAGUCCUAUGGCAAGGACUCUCUGUGUUUGCUUUUGUCACAUGGAUCCGACCCAACAAUGUGGUUUUGAACCAGUUGUUCGGAGGCUUCACAGGACUCUCCCUCAUUCCUAUCACGUUUGAUUGGACCUAUGUUUCUGCAUAUCUCGGAGAUCCACUCUUGGCACCUGUCCAUGCUCUUGUCAACACCUUCAUCGGGCUUGUGGUUUUUGUAAUCAUCACCACAAUCGGGAUCUCUUACUCUGGGGCUUUGUACUCCGCCUAUCUCCCUAUCAACACGUCUAGCACCUAUGACAACACGCAAAGCGCCUAUAAUGUGACCAGAAUCCUAGGUUCUGGUUUCUCUUUUGAUGAGGAAAAAUACAAGGCAUAUUCGCCGAUGUUCCUAGCUCCGACAUUUGCCUUGAACUACGGAUUGUCGUUUGCGGCCCUUACAGCAGCUAUUGUACAUGUUAUUCUCUUCCAUCGAAAGGAGAUAUGGCAUCAAUUCAGGGCUUCUCGGAAUCAGGAACCCGACAUUCAUCUUAUCAUGAUGAAAAAGUACAAAGAAGCCCCCGACUGGUGGUAUGCGACACUAUUCCUAUGCUCGAUCGCACUAGGGCUUGCAGGCAUUCUGGCAUAUGAUUCGCAGCUCCCUUGGUGGGGCUUUUUUGUCUCAAUUAUCAUUGCCGUCGUCUUUAUAAUUCCGACUUGCGUGAUCCUCGGCAUCACCAAUAUUAUGCUUUCGCUCAAUGUCUUAUCGCCUUUUCUGGCAGGUUUCAUGAUUCCAGGAAAGCCGAUUGCGGUCAUGGUAUUCAAGGUCUUUAGCACCAUCACCUUGGGACAAGCUCAAGUAUACUGUUCGGAUCUCAAACUGGCCCAUUAUAUGAAAGUGCCACCCCGCGUCACCUUUAUGUGUCAAGUUGUUGCAACGGUAUGGGCAAGUAUUGUUCAGAUUGCAGUCAUGAACUGGACCCUGAACAAUAUCGAUGAAGUUUGCACAACUACUCAGUCGGGGAAUUUUACAUGCCCGAAUGGAAGAGCAUUCUUUUCAUCCAGCAUUGUGUGGGGUGUCAUUGGUCCACGACGUAUGUUUGGACCUGGCGGCAUGUACAUGCAAAUACAAUGGUUCUGGUUGAUUGGUGCUCUUCUUCCGGUGGUAUUCUAUGUCUUGAUAAGAAUGCGCCCUCGGUCUAAGCUCAGGUUCCUAAACGCACCUGUGAUGCUAGGUGCUAUGGCCUGGCUGCCUCCGGCCACCCCAUUGAGCUUCUCUUCAUGGGUUAUCUUUGGCCUCAUAUUCAACUACUGGAUUCGACGCCGAUGGGGCGGUUGGUGGCAUACUUACAACUAUAUCACCGCCGCAGGACUUGACUCGGGCCUCAUUCUGUCCACCAUUGUUAUUUUCUUUGCGAUUAUUCUGCCAAAUGUCUCGAUACCCCAAUGGUGGGGAAAUAUUGCUCCAUACGAGACCAUGGACUCUCUUUAUACGGCAGUUCGAAAGACUGUCGCAGAUGGAGAGACUUUCGGACCAAAAGAGUGGUGA